AAGAUUGUCGGAAAUUAGAUCUGGCUCAACUUCGGGGAAAUACACCGAGAGCUACUAUUCAAGGUGCAAUUUCCACAGGACUCUCUACGGCCAGAUCAUUAAAAGCAGAACCUCCCAUUGAAAAAUAUAAAGCCACAUAUGGUGUUUGUUAUCGUAUCUCCUUGAAGUUAUUUCCUAAAGAUUCAGAAGUUAUUGCUUUAAUGGAUAUGAAUCCUCCUCCCGACAAUGUAAACCAAAAUCCUCCGGUAAGAAAACCUCGUCCUAAAGCGCGAAAACUUACUUACACUAAAAAGAAAACACAAACACAAGCAAAAAAGAAGAAACUUCCACCAAAAAAAAUAGCUAGUGCAAACAAAAAGAUCACGCAAACGAAUAGAUCUACUAAAUCUCGAAAACAGCUCUAUCAUUACACGUCGGAAAGCGAUUCUGAGGAGAGUGAUUCUGAUGAUAGCGACUCUGAUGGUAGUGAAACAGAUGAUAGUGAUACCGAAUCAUCAGAUGAACAACCUUCACGUAAAAAAAUUGCUAGAUAUCAUUCUACAAGCGAUUUUACAAGUGAGAGCGAAUCUGAUUCAUCUGAAAGCGAUAUAUCAAUGAAUACAUCACAACAAGACACAAAUGAUACACUACAAAAUGAGAUCGAUGACUUCAAUUCAUCACUGUGUACAACGAAUGAACCAUCAGAUUUUGAUAUUAAUUUAUCCAUUGGUCCCACAUCAUUUGCAGUUGCUCAGGAAAUCGGUUAUUCUUAUGCUCGAUUUCGUCAUCAAGGAAACAUGAGAUAUCCAAAAUCGAAUUGUGAAGACUCAUUUUGUAUUAAAGAUUUAAAAAAUUUGGAUGGAUCUUUAUUAUGUAGAUUAUUUUGUUUAGCAGAUGGGCAUGGAGGUCCGGGAUGUUCUGCAUUUUUAACUACUCAAAUACCAGAAUGUAUAGAGAAUAUGCUACGUCAAUAUGAUUAUUCACAACUAGAUGACCAAGAUGUCCAAGACAAGUUUAAACAAGAUAUGAUUUUGCUUAUUAAGCAUUUAGACGAUGAAUAUCUUGAAGCGAAACGUGAGGAAUAUCUAAGAUGGCAGGUCCAUGAAACUUCAGCAGAACCAGUUGAUGAUGGUGCUACUCUAGUUAUCAAUCUAUUUUUUGGUGAAUGGUUCAUUAAUAUAAAUGUUGGAGAUUCCCGCACACUUAUUGGUUGUAAAACAGAAAAUAAGUGGAUAGUGGAAUUUUCCAGUGAGGAUCAUAAGCCAUAUUUAGAACGUCUUGCCUUACAAAUCUAUUCCAAUGGUGGUGUGUUUGUGGAUAAUCAGGAUAAACCUAUAAAGUUUGAUCCAUUUCCUCAAGAUCGUAAUGUUCGUCCAAAUUUGAAGAAUGCGCGAAUUAGAUUGCAAUCCGCUGAUAAUGAACUUGGUGUGCCAUAUAAAAAUAAUAAUGGCAUUCAUUUUUCACUUAAUGUCGCUGCAACUUGUGGAGAUUUACUUUUCAAAUUGGAUCCUUCAAGACCAGUUAUAUCUUGUAUGCCAGACAUUUUUUUUGAAAAAUUAGGGCCAUUCACGGAGUAUAGUGGGAAUAGGUUUAUGUUAAUGAGUAGUGAUGGAUUAUUUGACCAUUUGUACUCGAAUAAGGCAGAAAUACAAAACCAAACGAUUGCUACAUGUAUCGGACAACAACUGGAUGCUGGAUGUCAGUUAAAGAAAAUUGUAGCUCAUCUUUGUAAUCGAGAAGGAGAUCGACAUUUAUUUGAAAAUACUUUGCAGGAAUAUGAUGAUUGUACAUGUAUAUUAGUAUUGAUGUAA